AUGGCUGCGGUAUCCGCACCGCAAGCCACAGGCGCGCUGACACCUCCUACGAGCUCUGAUGGGAAUGCGAGCGCGUGGGAUUACUCCGUACCAUCUGGAAACCAGCAAUCUACAUUUCCCCGCCAGCAACACGACGAGACCUCUCACGCAGAGCGAAAGCAAAUGACUCCCCAUCCCAACGGCUCUACGCGCCGUAAUGAUGCAGCAAGGCAAUCUAGAUCAAAUUCAGUCGCUGAGCCAGUUCACGCGCCCCCACGCUUGAACAACCUCACCAAAAAAGGCAGCAUGAGUGGAACGGACAGCCCAUCUGACAGUCUAGUCGACCUCUACAGCUCUGGACCUGGAAAGAGUGCAGCCAACGGUGUGGAUCAUAGCGAGCGGGGACGAGAAGAAAAUAGCGGAGCUUCAUAUCAUGAAGACGACCCUGGUUGGAUACAUAGGGACAAACUGGCACGGAUCGAGAGCCGCGAACUACAGGCAGCUGGGAUCAUACUCCCCCGCACGCGGGCAUACAGCAGGAGGAACAGGAGUCGAGAUACGUCGGCCACUGGUCUGCACAGAAACGAGCAACACCCGGUAAAGCAGCAGCGCGUCGAAAGCCCAACCGCCGAAGAGCUGGAAGAUGACGACUCUGGAUGGGAUCCACGAACGCCAGAAGAAAUCGCAGCGGAUGCCAACCCCAGUUAUCGUGGCUACGGUUCUCUCUCGAAGGGCUCGUCCAAGAUACCGCUCGCUCUGACGAGCCCCGCGCCAAUACCCUGGGAGUACCUCGAGCGCGACGCACCUAUACAACGCAGCCGUAGCGCCGUAUGGGGCGGCGAAGACGACUCCAUUGCCAACCCCCUACCCCGCGCGAAAGCUUCCUCCGAGGAACCCCUCUUCCAACCCACCCCAACUACCACCCCGUCCGCGCCAAAACGCUUCGCCUCCACCGAUAGCUCCCCCAAGAAGUCCGCCAACGCGACACCUACAAACCGCAAGAUGUCUGCCACUAGCGUGACCUCAAAGCCCCCGCUCACCCAACAAACCCAGAAACAAAAGGGACGCUCCGGCUCCAACAGUCGCCCGACGACCCGUUCCGGCGAAAUCAAGACCCCUGAGGGUGAUCCGCCGUGGCUCGCAUCAAUGUACAAGCCUGACCCGCGCCUACCACCCGACCAACAGCUCCUCCCCACAGUCGCGCGACGCCUGCAGCAGGAACAGUGGGAGAAGGAGGGCAAGUUCGGGAACGUAUACGACCGCGAUUUCCGACCCCUCAACGACGACGAGAUCAAGAUGCCCGAAGCCGCAGCUGUGGCGCCAGAGGAGCAACCCGAGGCGAAACAGGAAGAGCUGCCACAAUGGCCGCUGAGAAAGGCGAGAAGCCCCGAGCCGAGUCACUCGGGUACGUCAAGCGGUUAUUCCACCAUGCCGCGCAUCCAGAACGCGCCGCCGAGCAGGAUACAGUCGCCGAUGCUGGCGCAGUUCCCCGUGCACGGAUUCCAGCCGGAGGUGCCCGAGAAGAACAAGGGCUGCGGAUGCUGCGUCGUGAUGUGA